AUGCACGCCCUGUGCAGGCGUGUCCAGCACACAUUCCUGGCCAGACGCCGAGAUGUGGAACAGCGACGGCACUACGCCGAGAAAUGUGACUCGGUGAUCAAAGGCGUUGUGGUGGGGGUGUACGCCAAGGAGGGCGACCGCCAGCCCAAGAUGACACCAUCCGGCGAGAAGUUUGACGAUCGCGUCCAGGGUAAGAUCACUGAUCUCAUACGCGAGACGGGCCUGAGUGGCCAGCUGGGAAAAGGACUUGUCUUCAUGAACGUGGAUGCGGAGUUCCGUGCGGUGGCCGUGGUCGGCGUGGGACAGGAGGGGGCCGGCUUCAACGACCUGGAGAUUAUCGACGAGAGAAUGGAGAACGCUCGCGUCGCUGCCGGCGUGGGGGCUCGUGCCCUUCAACUUCAUGGCUGCACAGAUGUCUUCGUGGAGUCGAUGGAGUAUGCGGAGCAGGCGGCCGAGGGGAGCGCCUUGGCCGUCUGGCGCUACAACACCAACAAGCGCCGUCGGGACCGCACACUCAUUCCCAAACUGGAGCUGUACGACUCUCCCGACUCGGAUGCCUGGAUGCGGGGCCUGUUCAAGGCCGAAUCGCAGAACCUGGCCCGUCGCCUGGCCGAUACGCCGGCCAAUCAGAUGACGCCCACAAUCUUCGCCCAGUCAACGGUGGAUGCCCUGUGCCCCUGCGGGGUAUCCGUGGAGGGCAGCUGCGAGCCGCCGAUCAUCUUGGAAAUCGCCUACUGCGGCACCGCACCCGAGGACAAGCCCAUCCUCCUGCUGAGCAAGGGCAUCACAUUCAACAGCGGGGGCCUCUGCCUCCGUCCCAAGGACUGCUUGUCCAUGUACCGCGGCUGCAUGUCCGGUGCAGCCGCCUGCGUGGGCGUCAUCCGAGCCGCCGCCGCCCUAUCGCUGCCCCUAAACAUAACGGCACUGCUGCCGCUGUACGAGAACAUGCCUUUCGGAAUGGCGGCCAAGCCUGGCGACGUGGUGUCCCUCCUCAAUGGCAAAACUCUCGGCUUCGUGGACGUCAGCAAGGCUGGUGUGAUGGCCAUGGCCGAUCCCUUGCUCUACGCCCAGACGAUCUACAAGCCGCGCAUGGUCGUGGACAUUGCUACAGUGGGUUACGCCGUCUGCCCAGCGCUGGGCGGAGCAGCAGCCGGGAUUUUCAGCAAUUCGAACUUCGUCUACAAGCAGUUCGAGAAUGCCGGUGCCCUUACGGGGGAUCGCGUUUGGAGUCUGCCCCUGUGGCGCUACUUCAAGGAGCUGAUCAUGCCGAACGAGACCUUUGACAUCAGCAACCGCGGACGUGGCCCCGCCUCCAGCUGCAUCGCUGCCGCCGUUCUGCACGAGCUGGUGCCGUGCGUCGACUGGGCCCACCUGGACAUCCGCAACGUGGGCAUGCUGACGCGCUACAAUCCGUUCCCAUAUUUGCUGAAGGACCGCAUGACUGGCCGUCCCACUCGCACCAUCGUUCAGAAUCUGUUUCAGAUGGCUUGCCCCGACGGCAAGUAA